AUGACCUUAUUUUCAAUCUCUUCUUUGCUAUCUUACUUCGAAGAUGAAAAGAAAUCUAUCGCAAAAGGGGAGAACCACGUCAAAUCUGAUCAUAUAGAAUGUUUUAUGUAUAAUCAAGGCAUUCUUAGAGGCAAAGUUCACGCUAGUAUGAGAUCAAAAGUCUACGAGGUUACGGUACGUAAGCUCUCUUGUAUGUUUAUGUUUAUAUUUUGUGAAUCGGUUGGGAAUCAUUAGAUCAAUUAUAAAAGCUACUCAAUAGCUUUAAUAUCUAAAUUAUAGGCUCCGAUGUAUAUGAUAUUGACUUCAUAAAGUAUAGCUCUUAGCGCCUCUAAAAUAGGAUCCGUUCGAUGGCUGUUCGAUUGGAGCGCUGAGAACGCCUGAGAGCUAUUUACAACCAAUAAAAUCACUAAAAGAAUAAAAAUUUUUCUUCUACUUUAGAUAUACGUAGAUAGUAACUUGAAUAUCAAGUCGACAGAGUGUGAAUGUCCUAAGGGCGCUUUCAAGUGCAGUCAUGCCGCAGCUGUGUUCAUUUACGCCAUACAUCAUGUUAGUCGUAUGGACAUCGAAUGUCGAUGGAACAAGCCAAAAAAGCCAACUUGCCCUGCAGUUCGGGACGUCACUGAGAUGUUUCCUCCUCCGAAACAGUACUGUGCUCUAUCGAGAGAACCUACGCAAGCAGAUCGUUCAUCCAUUUACCGAUCGUUAUGUAAAUAUGGAAAGUUCACAGGACUAUGGUGGAUUCUGAGCCCUGAACCUGAACCGGUGACGUUACCAAUGCUUACAAUCGAAGAAAUAAUUUAUUCUGAUGGCUUCCUUCAAGCCCAUGGAAAGGAAGAUCAGCUCUCUUUUUUUAAGGAAAAAUGCAAAAUUCAAAGUAGUACUAUACAAGAAAUAGCAAAACUCACAGUGGGUCAAAGAGAGAAUCCAGCAUGGUCAAUGCUUAGAAAGGGAAGACUCACAGCUAGUAAUUUUGGUCCUGUCUUAGCAGCCAAGAGAGUUUCACAAUCACUCUUGAAAAGACUCAUGGGCGAGUAUGAUUUAUCUGGAGUCAAAGCCAUCACAUGGGAAGUCAACAAUGAAAAAGAAGCUGUGAAUGCAUUUGAGAUGUCAAAUUGUUUAAAAGUUGAACCAACAGGAAUUUGGUUUGAAGAGUCAGGUAUUCUUGGUGCCACACCUGAUGGUCUAGUUGAUCAAAAAGGUAUUUUGGAAGUAAAAUGCCCAUAUACCUUUAGGAAUUCAACCAUAGAGGAA